AUGAAGUUUCUAUGUCUGAUAUUAUUGGCCACAUCAGUGACUGCUCGAUUCACUGAUGAUUUCUACAAGCAAUUGGCCAAAGAUAAUGCCAACAAAAAUCUUAUAUCUUCACCUAUUUCCGUCGAUAUUGCCUUGAGUAUGGUCUACAUGGGAGCUGGGGGAAGGACAGCCCAAGAAAUGAGGGACGUCUUGAAAUUGCCCGCGGAUAAAAAGGAAGUGGCUAGUAAAUUCAAGAAAUUUCUAACAAAUCUCGAAGGUCGCGAGAAGGUGGCCAUCCUCGAUAUAGCCAACCGUAUAUACGUAAACGAUCGCUACUCUAUAGUCCCGAAAUUUAAUCAAGUGGUCAAAGACUCUUUUAAGGCCGAAGCGGAGGCUAUCAGCGUAAAUGAUCCCGAUAAAGCCGUUUCGAUCAUCAAUAAGUGGGUGAACGAUCAGACGCGCAGCAGGAUCAAAUUCAUAGUUACUAACAAGGAUAUUAGUUCGAACAUGAUAAUGGUUCUGUUAAAUGCAAUAUACUUUAAAGGAGAGUGGCAGUACGAAUUCGACCCUAAGCUGACCAAAAGGGCUGAUUUCAAAACUGCUGAUAAACAAACCGUUCCUGUCCAGAUGAUGAAGCUAUUUGGCUCAUUUAGGGCUGGAUAUGUUAAGGAAUUGGAUGCCAAAGUGAUCUAGCUUCCUUACCGGAAUUCAAGCCUCUCCAUGGUCAUCUUAUUGCCGGAAAAAGUAGAUGGCUUGCCAGAAUUGGAGCAGAAAAUCGCAGGCUUCUCCACAAGUCUUCCAAAGUUGAAGGUGAACUUAAAGCUUCCAAUGUUUACGAUUGAAUUUUACUCGGAGCUAAAGGGUAUUCUUGGGACGAUGGGCAUUCAAGAUGCAUUAUCUGAUAAUGCGGACUUUGGAGGCCUGGUAAAAUCUUCACGAGCCAAGAUCAGUAAAGUCAUACACAAGGCCUUCAUUGAAGUUAACGAAAAGGGGGCUGAGGCAGCAGCUGUAACAGCUUCAAUAGGGGCCUUUGUAUUCAGCUUUACGCCUACCCCACCCUUGGAGUUCACAGCCGAUCAUCCGUUUGCCUACGUCAUUCGUGAUAAGGACACCAUUUACUUUCAGGGACACUUCGUAAAACCAUGAAAAUAAAAUACAAUUUUCACUGGUACAUUUGUAAAUCUAUUGUCAAUAAAUAUGGGGAUUAAUCACAGUUCGGUUUGAUUGAGCAUCCAG